CUUCGAAUGGAAGGUCCUCCGAUAGAGCCCUAAUUCUUUCCCCAUUACCGAGCAAGGUUUCCGCCAUGGCGGCCAUCGGCAAUAGAAGGCUUCCCCACCUCAAUCUCACCCUCGAACUUCCGGAAACCGCCGCCCCGGCUGACUGUGGCCUCCGCUUCCCGUUUCCACCUCUGCCGGCGGGUGCCGCGGCACCGUGUUUUUCUUCAUCUUCGUCUUCCUCCUCUACCCUGUCGACCGAGUUUCGGCUCUCGGACUUCGAGAAGCUUCGGGUGCUCGGACACGGAAACGGAGGCACUGUCUACAGGGUUCGCCACCGCCGUAGCGCCGCCGUGUACGCACUCAAGGUUGUUCACGCCGAUCCGUCCCUCCGGCGUCAGGCGUACCGCGAGAUCGACAUCCUGCGCCGCGCCACGGACUCUGACCAUGUAGUAUGCAUACACUCCGUUGUACACACUCCAACCGGCGACGUAGCGCUCCUUCUGGAGCACAUGGACGGCGGAUCGCUCGACGCCCUGCUCCGCCGAAGGGGGAGCCGCCCCUUUCCGGAGUCUGCGCUCGCCUCCAUCGCCCGCCAGGCACUCCUCGGCCUCGCCGAACUCCACUACCGCCAGAUCGUGCACCGCGACAUCAAGCCCGCCAAUCUCCUCGUCAACUCCGCCGGCGUGAUCAAGAUCGCCGACUUCGGUGUGGGCAAGGUGCUGCGGCGGUCGCUCGACCCCUGCGACUCCUACGUGGGCACCUGCGCCUACAUGAGCCCGGAGCGGUUCGAUCCGGCGUCGCACGGUGGGGACUACGACCCAUACGCGGCCGACGUGUGGAGCCUUGGGCUGGCGGUGCUGGAACUGCACCGCGGUCACUUCCCGCUGCUUCCGGAGGGGGCGCAGCCCGAUUGGGCGGCGCUGAUGGUGGCGAUCUGCUUGGGGGAGACGAUCGGAGCGGUAGCAGAGGGUGCGGCGUCGUGCGAGUUCCGGGGAUUCAUCGAGUGCUGCUUGCAGAAGGAAAGCGGGAAGCGGUGGUCGGUGGCAGAGCUGCUAGGGCACCCGUUCGUCGCCCGCGCGGACCGCGCCGAGUCGGAGCAGGCGCUUCGGGAACUGGUGCGGGAGAACUCGGCCGAAUCGUAACUCGCCGCGCCUGCAGUUCCGAGUUCCGACUCGGCGGUUGUCGUUACUCGUGUACAUACAUGGAAGUCGGCAGCACUUGGAUUGGACCAACCGUCAACGCCCACGUGACUCCAAUUCUUUUUUCAUUUUUGGUGCCUUUAAUUAUUUAAAGGGCUCUGUGGAUUUUCCUUUAUAAGUUUUUCAGUACAAAAUAAUAUUGUUGAGUUCAGUGGAGAUUUUUA